AUGAUGGCCACGCAGCGCCUCUUGUCGAGGUCAUGUCGGCGAACCUUUCUAGCCGGCUCAGGCUUGACCCUCUCCUCGCGGACGAGCGUUUCCCGGUUGAUAAGCACCGCAGCGUCACCACGUCCUGCCUUCUCGAACCUCGUCGUACCGUCCGCCAGCCUCUCUUCAGGAGCGACCCCGCACGCCUUCUUCUCGUCGAGCUGCUCGACAAGUAGCAGACCGCCAUCCCGCCGCACUCCGACUUUACGCGAGCUUGCACCGCUAGCGUCUCGCGCUAGCUAUUCGACGUCAGCACGAACGCCUACUUCGCCAUCUCCUUCCGGCUCCUCCAACUCUCACAGCUCUACUGACGGCAGUGGCAGCCGCGUCUUGACUGGCUCGGCCGCAGCUGCUGCCGCCGCAGCGCUGGCGCUCUACGGAAUCUUCCUCACCCACCCCACCCUCUUUGCGGACUCGACGUCCGAUCCUGCCGACAGCGACAAGCACGGCGGCUUCGCACCGCCCGUCGACGAUGAUGAUGACGAAGGCGAUGGGGACGGCGCGGACGGCCAAGAUCAGCACCAGUUCAUGGACGAAGGGUUAAAGCCGCGCCGGCGAAAUGUCGUCGUCCGCUUCCUCUUCCGCACCGGCAACGCCAUCCACGCCUACAUCAUCGAGCCGCUGGGCACCGCCAAGCGCUUCAUUGUGCUCGUGGUCCUCUUCCUGCCCGUCAUCCUCACCGCACCCAUGCUCAUGGUCGGACACCGCCGCGAGGGGGGCAGGCGAAGGGGCCGCCGGGUGAGCAAGCGUGAAGAGGGGGAGCGAUGGGGCGCUCUGUGGUGGUACGGCUUCCUGGUCAAGCAGAUGGAGCGCGCCGGUCCGACGUUCAUCAAGCUCGCCCAGUGGGCGGGGUCGAGGCAGGAUUUGUUCCCAGACGAGCUCUGCAAGCGCCUCGGCCGGCUCCACUCCAACGGCAAGCCGCACUCGUUCCGCUACACGAAGCGCGUCAUCGAGCGUGUCUUCCGCCGCCGAUUCGACGAGAUCUUUGAAGAGUUUGGCCACGAGCCCAUGGGCAUCGGCGCGGUGGCACAGGUGUACAAGGCGACGCUGAAGCCGGACCUGCUGCCGCCGACCUACCUGGAUCCCAAGAAGCGGACAUCCAAGAGCGAGCGGAGGCAGAAGCUGUCCAAGACGUUGGCGCUGACCUACGAGGAGGAGGAGGCGCCGCCCGCCGUGCCCACCGCCGCCGUCGCCAUCAAGAUCCUCCACCCGCGCGUCGAAAAGACGAUCGCGCGCGACAUCAAGAUUAUGCGCUUCUUUGCCAACCUGGUCAACCUGAUUCCGGGCGCCGAGUGGCUGUCGUUCCCCGAAGAGGUCGACGUCUUCGCCGACAUGAUGUUUUCGCAGCUCGACCUGCGCAACGAGGCCAAGAACCUCGACCGGUUCGAAAAGGCCUUCAGCAGUCGCAGGAGCGCCAUCAGCUUCCCGCGGCCGCUGAUGCGCUUCUCGACCAAGCAGGUGCUUAUCGAGGAGUUCGAGGAGGCGCUGCCGCUCAAGCACUUUUUGAACAACGGAGGCGCCGGCUUCGAUCAUCGCAUCGCCAACCUCGGCCUCGAUGCGUUCCUGAACAUGCUGCUGAUCGACAACUUCACCCACGCCGACCUGCAUCCGGGCAACAUCAUGAUCAAGUUCUACCGCCCGACGACGCAGUCGCUCCUCAAGGACCUGCUGGCGCGGGUGCUGUCCAAGUUCGACUCGGACUACGCGCCGGGCCACGCCAAGGCGCCGCCGCCGGCCGACGACCGGGCUGAGGAGUCGGUGGUGGCCAAGCUGCACUCGCUGCGGCACGACCACGACGCGUGGCUCGACGAGCUGGACCGGCUCGACUUGCAGGGCUACCAGCCCGAGCUCGUCUUCUUGGACGCCGGCCUGACGGUGGAGCUGACGCCGCAGAACCGGCGCAACUUCCUCGACCUGUUCUCGGCCGUGGCCGAGUUUGACGGUGCGCUGGCGGGCCACCUGAUGGUGGAGCGGUGCCGGUCGCCGGACAUGGUGAUUGACGAGGAAGGGUUCGCGCUCAAGAUGCAGGACCUCAUCCUGAGCGUCAAGAGCAAGACGUUCAGCCUGGCCAAGAUCAAGAUCAGCGACGUGCUCAACGAGGUGCUGCUGGCGGUGCGCAACCACCACGUCAAGAUGGAAGCCGACUUUGUCAACACCGUCAUUAGCAUCCUGCUGCUCGAGGGCAUCGGCAGGCAGCUCGACCCCAACAUGGACCUGUUCAAGUCGGCGCUGCCGAUCCUGCGAUCGCUGGGACGGCAGAUUUCCAAGCACGAGGGACCCAAGAUUGCGCCGUCCGAGGGGUCCGGUGCGGGAUCGGCGAUGCCGAUGCUCAAGCUGUGGGCUUACAUGGAGGCGCGCUCGCUCCUCGAAGGCUUCCUCGAGGCCAAUACGGCGACGGUGGACGCCUUUAUCCGAUACGGAUGGCACUCGGAGUAG